AUGGCUCCUUUGCCGUUAAGGCCCCGUUCGUCAAGAAUAAAUACUGAAAACCGCACGCAAACGACAUUAAGCAAGUUCCUGACGAGGGCCUCCUCAAAACUGCAAGCUCAGCAGAAUGCAAGACAACAACAACAACAACAGCAGCAACUUCCACAACAGCAACAACAACAACAGCAGCAGCAGCAGCCAAAGAAGUCAAUUAUAGACUCAAAAUCAAAGAUACCAGAAAAUAAAAUAUUAGAAGGUGUAGUUGCCUGUUUAGACGUUAGAACGGAAGAUGGAGACGAUGUAUCCCAAAACUUUGAAAGAGCUUUGCAAUCCAUGGGCGCAAAGACACGUAGAACUUUUUCAGAUUCAUGUACUCAUUUGAUCUUCAAAAACGGAUCUCCUGCAACAUUAAAAAAGGCGCUCAAUAAGAAUGUUUUCAUAAUCAACCUUUUAUGGAUUUCUAGAUGCAAAAAAGAAGGAAGAAGAUUAUCAGAAAAGGAAUUCAUCAUUGAACGGCCUCAGGGACUUGUGCUCGCAAGUAAAAAGAGACGAAAAUCAAUGGAACCAAGCAAAGUGAGAGCGUUAGGAUCUAAUGAUCACCUUGAACCGUCAACCUCAUCCUCUAGUGAUGCAUCCAUCAACGACGACUUGUAUGAAUCGAAUCAGCGUCUUGCAGAAGUACGACGGAAGACGAUUGGUAUUCCAAGUUGGAAACGACAGAGAAUGGAGGACACUGGACUCGUUAAACGAUACACUGAAUCAUUUGAUAAUGAAGAGUCUGAGGAUGAUAUAAAGCGUACGACAAGAUUAUCUUUACCAAUAUCAGUAGAAAAGAUGGCAACCAAACAUCUGAUGCCCUCAGCAAAUAAAUCCGUGCCUGUUGCGCCAAGUCCAGAAAUGAAAGAGCAUAUCAAGGCAAGAUUUUCAUUUGGAAAAAAAGUAGAGGAUGACACAGACACUAGUAAAGAUCUUUUGCCAUUUGUUCCUCUGGCGGCAAAUAGCACAGCAAUGUCUACAAGUGGCAGCACAGUGACUCCGAUAAGACGAAAGAGAAGGUUGACGGGUAAUACAUUACCAAGACAGGACAAUAUACCAUCAUCAUCCGCGUCCGUUGUGUCAACAUCAACCUGGAAUACUUCGUCAGAAUCUCUUCCUAUCAGUAUACCAAAGCAAAGAAACGUAUCAAGAAAGCCCAACAUUGUAUUUACAAGCUUAACAUCUGAUAUGCGUCAGAAGUGUAAAGAAGCAAUAGAAAGCCUUGGUAUAUAUGAUAUAGUAGCAGAGGUUGAUGAAAGAACAACACACGUCAUUGUUGGAACACCCAGACGAACAAAGACCGUGGCGUUUGGUUUACUGAAAGGACUAUGGCUACUGAGUCCUGAUUGGUUGCUUAAAAGCAAAGAAAAAGGAAAAUAUGAGCCAGAGGGAGAUUAUGAGCUACUAGAGUGGUAUCCACGCGCAAACAUUGCAAGAAAGGGGUUAUCAUUCAUGCCAUCUACUACGUCUAUUAAGGUUGUAUCGACAGUAAGUGGAAAUGAAUUGGUAGAACAGUUGAUCAAGAUGGCAGGUGGACAAGUGGUGAACAAUAUAGAAGAUGCUCAUAUUAUCAUCAGUAAUAAACCAGUGAAUACAAAAAAGAUUGUUGUAAGAGAGAAUUGGAUAUACGAAUCAAUCGAGCAAUGGAAAUAUCUUUCUACUGAUAAGUUUGCAAUUUAAUAUCAUUCCUUCAUGUAUUUAUAAUCAUACCUAUUAAUAAAACCCUAUCCCUGCCCCGCAUUGUACAAAAAGCAUACGAAUAAACUAUGUCUGCAUAAACAUAUACACACGCACACACACACAUGACUCCUAUUGAAUUGGCCAAGUGUGAGAAUUAAGCUUGAAUUUUGUAUUUAAAC